CCGGAAGUCGCGUUUCCCCGAGGGACGCAGGGCUGCUCGCGGCUGAUCGUCUCUGACUAUAGCUUCUUCCCGCCGCCAUGGAGAGUAAGUGCGAAUCUCCCGCCGAAAAGGGGGAAGACGCCGGGGAGCCCGGCGAGGCUGCUGCUGCUGCUGCUUCUACUGCGGCUCCCGAGCCUCCCAGGGUCGCUGACAAGGACGGGGUUCCGGGGGACACGGACGCGGACGGAGCCGGCGACGCCAAAGAUGCUGCGGCCGAGGAAGGCGAGCUCAAGAGUCAAGACGUCUCAGAUUUAACAGCAGUGGAAAGGGAAGAUUCAUUACUUGCACCUGCAGCCAAAAAGCUGAAACUAGAUCCCAAAGAUAAGAAAGAGAAAAAGCAGAAAGUGGAUGAAGAUGAGAUCCAAAAAAUGCAGAUCCUGGUUUCUUCUUUUUCUGAGGAACAGCUGAACCGCUAUGAAAUGUAUCGUCGGUCAGCUUUCCCCAAAGCAGCCAUUAAAAGGCUAAUCCAGUCCAUCACCGGCACCUCUGUGUCUCAGAACGUUGUGAUUGCCAUGUCGGGGAUUUCCAAGGUUUUCGUCGGGGAGGUAGUAGAAGAAGCACUGGAUGUGUGUGAGAAGUGGGGAGAAAUGCCCCCGCUGCAGCCCAAACACAUGAGGGAGGCUGUUCGGAGGUUGAAGUCAAAAGGCCAGAUCCCCAACUCAAAACACAAGAAAAUCACCUUCUUCUAGCUGAAGCCUAGAAAGGCCUGAAGGAAGGAGUUUGGUCCUGGACCUCCUAUCGCCUGAUUUUGCGCUGGUGCUUUAAAACCACAGUUCUCAGAGCAAUUCCAUUAUGAUUGUAUUUUCUUCUAAGCACAUACUCAGCACCACACCUAGAAGCACGUAGCCUGUGACGUGCUAGCACUAAGUGCUGAAACCUUGUGAGACAUUUUGAGGUCUUUAACUGUUUCUUGACUUGCUGGAAGAACAGUGCAAGAUCCUGAACUAUCUUCUGGCCCAAGGAGCUGCUUUCCAGAGAAAAAACACUCCCAAGAAAGCAUUGAGUUUCACAUUGAAACAUAAAGUUGCUGUGACUUAAGUUUCCUAUGCCUGGCUUUAGGUAAAAAUUUUGACUUGAAAUAUUUGACUUGUUAUACUCUAC